GCAUCUUUAUUGGAGUCAUCAGUUUUAUUUCUUCUUUAAGAAUUUUAUAAAAAAUUUAUUUAGUCUCAUUAUAAAAAUAUAUUUUUAUUACAAUGAAGUUUCUGUGGGCAUUUAUGAUUAUUGCUGCAUUAAUUGCUCUCAGUCAAGGACAAGGUUACGGUAGAGGAUACGGGAUGUAUGGGGGAAGAGGUAGAGGUGGCUAUGGAAUGUAUGGAAAUUACGGACGAGGAUAUGGUGGAAAUGGCGGUUAUGGGUACGGUAAUCAAAGAGGAUAUGGUGGAUAUGGCGGGUACGGUGGAUAUGGUGGAUACGGUGGACAUCGCCGUGGAAAUGGUGGCUAUGGUGGAUACGGGAGAAAUACGGGCGCUAUUCUAAUCGGCUACAUAUAAAUUUCUGAUAACUUGGAUAUAACUGAAGAUAAACCAAAAAACCUGCACGUCACUGUUAUGAUUUUGAAAAUAAAAUAUCUACUGAUGUAAAUAAUUUUCAUUUGAAUAAAAUAAAAAUCUCAGUCUCCAGAUUAUUUAAAUUUAAAAAAAAAAUUAUUUAACAAUAAAUAUAAGAAUUUAUGUAAUGUCAAGACUAAUUUAUAUUUAAAAAUACGUACGCGAAUAUAAGUAUACGGUAGAAAAACCCAGCGCCUAGAGGAAGGUCUUCUAUUAACAUGACAGUAAUAAUCAAAUGUACACAUAACACAUUAUGUACCAAUGGGUUAUUUUUCAUGGCCACUCUGAUGGAUUUACCCAGACUUUGACCGCGGAUACCUGUUCCAAGAAUCAACAUUAAAUUUUAAACAUUUCAUUAGACCUCUCAGCUCUCAAAAACUAAUAACCGCUCAUAUAUUUCAAAUAAAUUACCAGUUACAUAAGUUAUUUAAUUAGAAAAAAAAAAAAAACAACAAUAAAUAAUUUUAAGUCAAUGAACUAAAAUAAUCUUCCCCACUAUUUGAAUAAAUUACCGCGUGUUUACUAAAAGACGUCAACGUUAUCCUCCGAAGAAAAAUAAUCUAAGAGGGGACUGUCAAGAUAUGACUAGUUUUUUACAUCCAACGUAAGAUUUGGGUGUAUUAGUUCCGGUUUAACCCCGCGGUACUAUACUAGGCCAUAAUCAUCGUCAUCAUCAUCAGUUUCAAGUAUAAAAAUCGAGCCGACUUUGUCGAAUCGUUCAGUCAAGUUUUGAGUUCUGUUAUUGAUAAACGUAAACUAUCUCGGUUAUCAAAAUGACAGCUGCUGUUUUAUUUCUUCUUCUGUUCACCACCGUUUGGGCAAAUCCAUUUUUUUUUCCUGAUGAAUUCGAUGCAUUGAGAAAUGAUCAGCGUCAAUAUAACGGCAGACGUUCUUAUGAUCUUAAUGGGCAGUAUGACUCACCGAUCAAUCAAAGAUACGACAGAAAUAAUUACGGAGGUAAUUCACAAGCGCAAGCAGAAGCCCAAGCAAAUAGUGACGGUGCGUUUUCGAAUGCUCGAGGUAACGCGCAAAGUCAUAAUAAUGGUGGAUAUUCAAAUGCACAAGCAGGCGCACAAGCCAACAGCCAAAAUGGAUAUUCAAAUGCUCGAGGUAAUGCCCAGAGUGGUGGGUCAGGUGGUUACUCAAAUGCUGAAACAAGAGCUGAAGCAUCUGGUAAUGGAUUCGGAGGCAGUAACGCACAGGCAAUGAGCAAUAGUUACAAUAACAAUGGCUACAAUCGGUACAACCCGUACGAUUCAUCUUCAUCGAGUUCUGCUGCUGCAUUUGCGGGACUAGAUCGUUACGGCCGACCGGUUGCUUCUGCUGGUGCCGGUGCUGCAAAUGCCAGACCUGAUGGUCUGAGCUCGGCUUUGGCGACUGCACUGGCGACUGGACAGAAUAAUAAUAAUAAUUAUGGGAACAAUCCGUAUUAUGAGAGACCAGGAAUCGGUCCGGGAUAUGGAAACUAUGAUUACUUCCGCAGCAGAAGUGGUGGAGAUGAGGAUGAUGUAGAUCCUAAGAAUGGAACAGCUUUGGAAGCUGGUAAAAAAGGUGAUGCUGGUUCUGAUAAAGAAACUGUCAGUGAAAUCAAACCUGCACUUAGUAAUAGUACUAGUACGACUGAACAAAAUGAUUCAAUUGUCUUUGACUGAUAAUUUAGUUAUGUAAUUUUGUUUACCUGAUUUUUGAAUAAAUAUACUUGGAUAAAAUAAA